AUGAGUACCCAUCCAGAGUCAUUUGAUAGGCCUGCAACCACAUCACCGUUUGACUUGGUGAAUCUGGGAGCUCAGCUGAGUGAAGUUUUCAGCCGAUUUAAUGAGCUGAGCGUUGAAAUGAUGACCCAACGGCGCGUAAUCGAUCAAUUGGUCACUGGAGGGGCUAGCGGUGAGCAGCAACAUGAAUCCUUACCCCUGGCCCAAUCUGAACCAAUACUUUUACCCUAUGCUCAAAUCUCUGUUACUUCACAAGCUAUGAAUCCACCUGAAGAAGCCUUUACAUAUCCCACUCAUGGCCCACCACCUAUUUAUGCACCCAACAUCCAAAUUAACCCUCCUCAUGUCCAAAUUCCCCAAAAUUAUCCGCCAAUUACUAUGAGCAUGCCAUUCGAAUCACAAGGACCUCAUUAUUAUCCCACCGCUGAGCCAUUCAUCCUCAAUACCGCCGCUCAAGGAAAAGUUGAAGUCGGGGAGUCAUUUGUACCGAUGGACAAGAACUUGCUAAAGAGAUUAGAUCGAUUUGAGGAGUUUAUAAGGAAAAGCCAAGGUGUGAGCAAGCAAGGAGGUCUAGACUACAGCGAACUAUGCUUGUUUCCGGAUAUGCAAUUGCCGAUGGGUUUCAAAGCGCCCAAAUUUAGCAAGUACGAUGGAAAUGGCAAUCCCAAAACACACAUUCGGAUGUUUGCAAACAAGCUAGGGAAGCCGAUAGAUGAUGAGAAUCUACCUGUGCGCCUAUUUCCCGAGAGUCUAGAAGGUGACGCGUUGGAUUGGUACUCCAAUUUGAAGCCUGAGGAUAUGAAAUCUUGGAUGGAUUUGUCAACCGCUUUUAUGAGGCAGUACGAAUACAAUUGCGAGCUUGCUCCAACGAGGUCCACACUUGAGGGAACCAAGAGGAAGCCAUCGGAGGACCAUAAGACGUAUGCAAAAAGAUGGAGGAAAUUGGCUGCCAAAGUAGAGCCUCCCAUGACUGAAAAUGAGAUUAUUCGCACGUUCAUCAAAGCUCAUGACCCGCCCUACUUUGAGGAAAUUUUUCGAAUGACCGGGUGUUCCUUUGCCGAGAUGGUUAAUAAAUUGGAAGAAUUUGAUGAGUUUGUGAAGGCCGGGAAAAUUGUUAAUGUGUCGACAUUGAAGAUGCAACUAGAGGCUCUGCAAGGACAGAAUAACAGUGAGAAGAAGUCCCAAUUUAAGGAAAAAGAAAGGGAAACUGCUUUUGUUGGGAAACAGAGCCCCUCAGCCAGACCUAGAUUUUCAAAUCACCCUACUUAUUCAUCCACCUACCCAUACUACCCAAACUCUCGCCCUAUUCACCAUCCUCGACCCCGGCCAAAUUACCCAAACACAUCCACUAUACCAUAUCAUACUUCUCCACCAAACUUUCCAACUAGACCUCACCCUCCUUAUCAUCCAAGAUCCACUUUACCCGUCAACCCGACCUACCACUAUCACCAAACCAGUGACACCCAAAAUCCAACGCCAUACCGAACUUUCACCAAUUUGGGUUGGCCUGUUGACCAAUUAUAUGAGCAAUUGAAAGCAGUCGGGAAAAUUGGUGUUAUACCUCCUAAUAUCUAUUUUAACCGUUUUCCCUCUGACUAUGACCCUCAAGCCGUCUGCGCUUAUCAUUCUGGAGCUCCUGGGCAUUCCACCAAUAAUUGUCGGGCAUUGAAACAUAAAGUCCAGGAUAUGAUCGAGGUCGGAGAAAUAGUGCUAAGGGAAAAGGAUAUACAAGGAUCGAGUGUAAGUACAAAUCCUUUUCCUAAACAUAAGGACGCCUUUGAGACAUCCACCCCUCAUGAGGAAAUUUGA